CCUAGGAGCGCGUCCGCGUCGUCAUGGCGACGCUCGGAGCGGGUGCCGGCGCUAGCCGAUUCCUGCCUGGGAGCUUCCUGCAGUGUGAGCGACUUUACCGGUGGCCCAGAGGCGGCCAAGCGACACCGAAGCUGCGGGAGCCCCGGACAAGUUCAGCCAAAAGUCGUUCUGGACCCGGGAAAUGACCUUUGGCUCUAGAAGGAAGACUCAUUUUCUUGAUAAAAUGGCAGCAGUGAAAACUCCCAGCUUAGAACUAAAGAAUGUGGAAGAACCCUUCAAUAACGAAACGCCCCUCCUUUUGAAGAGCCUAGUGGAGGAGCCCAAGAAAAGAGAAGUGCCUAAUCACCUCCUUGAAUCAAAGAUUUAUGCCAAGCUUCUGAAUAAUAAGGCAAUACAGGCAAGACCUGGCAUAGUGCAUUUUGGAGGUUAUCAAAUAGAAAAACAGCACCAACAAAUUCUGCACCUGGUCAAUGUUUCUUAUGAAGACACACAUGUUCAUAUUUUACCCCCACAAACCAAAUACUUCCAGAUCAGCUAUGUGAAGAAGGAAAACCGCCUCAUCCCUGGCUUGUCCCUCACAGUCACCAUUACAUUUUAUCCAGAUGAGUGGCGAUACUAUUAUGACUGCAUCCGUGUUCACUGUAAGGGAGACAAUACCUUGCUUGUUCCUAUCCAUGCCUAUCCCGUCAUGAACACCCUGGACUUUCCCACAUUCAUAAAUCUAUCCAAUGUUCUCCUUGGUGAGAGCAAAACUUACAUUAUUCCUUUGCAGUGCACCUGCCCUGUGGAUUUUGAGUUCCAAGUCACUUUGAUCCAGUCUCACCAAGCCUUUGUUAUUGAGCCAACAUCAGGAAUAAUUCCAGCUAAUGGGAGGAUGGAUGUGACUAUAAAGUUCACACCCUUUCAGUAUGGCACUGCACAAAUAAAAAUGCAGUUAUGGAUUUCACAGUUCAACUCUCAGCCGUACGAAUGCGUCUUCACCGGAACGUGCUAUCCCAACCUGGCCUUACCAUUAAAAGAAUUUGAAAGAUUAAAUACUCUUUCUAAGAAAGUAAAUGUUCCUCCAGAAAAAGCAAUGAGACAUAUAAGUUUUCACCGACUACCAGCAAAGAGAGCACCUCCGAAAAUGAAGGAAAUUGAGUACCAGAAUCUGAGAUUUCCAGUAGAUUUAUCAAAUCCAUUUGCUGUGGCAACUGUUUUAAACCAAGAACCAGGAAAAUUGAGGAUUAAAGAAUUAAGAGAAGUUUUGGACCAAGGCACUGGGAUUUCAAAAACAAGACAGAUGAAGGAGGCACUCUUUGAACAGAAAGUCAGACAAGACACUUAUGAAGAGAUGGAAAAUCACCGUAAAUGGCAGGUGCACCUUGGUAAAGAUCCUAUGUCUUUUAAAUUGAGAAAGGAGCUUACUGAGGAGCAGCAAAGAAUAUACACCAACUACAAGAUCAUGCUUCAGCAGCGGUUACUCAAAAUACUAACUGCUAUCCGUAAAAUAGACAGAGAGAGUUUACUAAGCAAGCUCUAUCCAGUAAAGCAAUCGUUAGUGCAAGACAAGCAUCCCUGCAAGUACCUCCAGUCAGGAACCAAUCAGCAGGAUUGCUCUUACCAGUUCUCAGUGUCACCCAAGGAAGUGCUGCCCUUCACCUUCCCGUCCUAUAACCCUCCCCAGGACUCCAACGAGCUGGCUCCUGGUGGCCUUGGACUGGUCCCAAUUAAGCCUUUGGAUGUUCAAAUCAAGCAGAGUUAUUCCUUCUUCAAUUUGCAGGUUCCUCAGCUGUACAAAAUUAAGGGAUACCAGCCAUUCUCUGUCCACAAGUCUUCAACAAGUUACAAACCUCAAAAGCUCAUACGGCCCCUGAAGCAAGGAGCUGAGGAUGAAGUUACCACCAUCAUAACACUGCCAAAACAGGACUCAACAUCUCCACUCUCUGCCAAGCCUUCAAUCUUGAGUAUGAAACCUCCUGAGAGCUUAUCCAUGUCCCCAGACUAUGACUCACUUUACAUCUUUAAUCCCAGCCCAGGCUUAUUUGCUGUGAAACACCCUCUGACCUACACAGAAACGUUGAUAGAUUAUCAUCUGUGCACUCACCCCAAGUACAAGUUCACCCAUGAGUUGCACCAUGGGUCCAGCAUUCCUCUCACCCAGAAGCAGUUUCUCCAUCACACGGACAUUAUUCCUGGAAUCAUGCACUGGAAGAGGUUCCAGUCCCUGGAGCUCUCAGCCCUGCCCGACCCUUCUAAGAUAGAGAUCACCCACAGCUGUGACUCCUAUAACCCAGUCAUGCUUCCUGUAGACAUCCCUGCCCCUCUGGACGCCUUACCGGAAGAAGACAGACUGGAAACUAUUGAAUGUGAGCUCCCUGAACACAGUACAGAAGUUACACUGACUCCAGAAAUGAUCCAAGCGGAAUUCUUUAUGUUGGACCACAAGGACACCAAGAAAGAAAUGAAAGACCAAACACAACUACCAGAGAAAGCAGGAGAAAAAGUGCUUGAGGAGAUGAAGACUCUGCAGAGCAAAGCUCUCAACACAUACCUGAUCAUAGAAUAAAAAUCACCCAGAGAUCACCUAAGGUGGAAAAAAGCAAGGAAAACUUACCUGUAUUUUCUUCUGCAAUGGAUCCCAUAAGAAAAGUUCAUGUAGUGAAACUCUUGGCCAUCUGAAGUUUAGGGGUUCUCUAUAGAAUUAUCCAGGUUCUCCAGGGAUUAUGUAUAUGAUCAAGGCCUGGCUGAGUGAAUAAGAAUCUUGGGGUCAACUCUCUUUCUCUUGCAUUCACUUUGAUUAUUACAUCAUUUUCUGAGGUCCAAGAAAAACAUAACCAAAGAUUCUCAGGAUAAUUUGCUGCCAUUCCUUCAUUUUAGAAAUAAUUACAAUUGCUUUCUUUUUCAAGGACUUUUAUUUUGUGAACUAUUUUCUCAAUAAUCAUGUCUUGGUCAGCUUUCCAUUAUUGGGGGGAAAAGUACCUUACACCUCCAACUUAAAGGAGAAAAGGUUUAUUUGUCUUAUGGUUUCAGAAGUUUCAGUCCAUGGAUGGCUGACUCCAAUGCAGAAACAUCAUGCCAGAAGGGCAUGGCAGAGAAAAAGUGCUCAACUCGUGACAUCUGAGAAUAAGAGAGCAGAAAGUCCCAUGUCCCACCCAGACACGCCUGGAAGUAUGCUUUACUAAUCUCCUGGCAUCUCUUAAACCAGUCAAGUUGACAAUCAAAAUUAACCAUCACAGUUCCCCACAACAUUCUGAGACACAGAGUAACUAGAGGCUGAAUAUUCCUUAUCCAAAAUGCUUGGGACCAGAAGUGUUUCAGAUUCCACAUUUGUCCUGAUUUGGGAGUAUUUUCAUAUAGAUAAUAAGAUAACUUAGACAUGGGACCAAGUUUAAACACAAAAUCCAUUUACAUUUCAUGUACAUCUUACCUGCAUAGUCUGAAGGUAAUUUUAUACAGUACUUUUUGUGCCUGUGUUUGACUCUGACCCAUCACAUAAGAAUAGGUGUGAAAUUUUCCAUUUGUAGCACCUUGUCCAUAGUGGAUUUGGAACAUUUCAGAUUUCAGAUUUUCAGAUUAAGUAUGCUCAUUUAUUAAUUAUAAAUGUUAUUAUUGUGACAGGCAUGGGGAAACUGAUGCCCAUAUAAGUUUAUUAACAAAAUUAACAGAAGAGCCAGGUUUAGGCAGAACUCAGAAUUCCUCAUUCCCAGUCCACUCUUUUCUUUACAACAUGAUAAUCAAUCAAUGAAGUGUUACAGUUUUAGAUUUACUUUUUAUUUAAACUCUUAGAUUUGGAAUUUCUAGGCAUAAAAAUAUUAUAUUAUAAUGUUUACAUUUUAUUUCAUUACUUGUUCUUUAAAAUAUGUAAUAUGGAAAAAC